GGUGUGUGUGUGAAGAAAGUUGAGGCAAACUUGGGAUCACAGCUUAUGUCUGAGGCUGUAUUUGAAUUCAGGUCUUUCUGACUCUAGGUCCAGUACUCUAGUCACUAUACUACUUAGUUUGUCUUGUUUGUAUAUUAUAGUUUGCAUAGUGCCAAUUUUUGCCUUUCUAUCCCUAGAAUUAGCAUAAAGGCUUACUCUUAGUAGGUACUUGAUAAAUAUUUGUGGAUUUGAUAGUAUUCUUUCCUAAGUUUUCCUCCUACCACUCUGACUCGGCUUCUUGGUUUGAUCUUCACCUAAGUUAACACAUCCUCUUUUAAGAGGAUGAGUAGAGUUUUUGCCUUUCUUUGUAAAUCCAUCUUCUAACACACUGCUUGACACAUAGCAAGCAGUUAAUAAACACUUGUUUAUACGAAUAUAAAAGUGAGACAGCCCCUUUCCACAAGGAGCUUACAUUCUACUGAGGAAGACAACAUAUAUGAGUGAUGGCAGCAAGGGAAGGCAAUAUCUGAGGUGGGGGAACAGUGUCAAGGAUGAGCUGAUCUAAAGGAUAGCCAAUUGACAUGCCCAAAUCAGAACAAUUAUAGUACAGGUGUGUUGAUUUGGCUAUUAAGCCAAAAAACAAAAUGUACAAAUGGAUGGGUGAGAGCCUCCAUAUAUUUGUGUUGAAUUUGUAUUUACUUAUUAACUAGGUCAUUUCUCUGGCCAUAGUAUAGUCCCUUAGCUGAGUGGAUUCACUCUCUAGAAGUCCUAUUCCAGGUAGAAAGAGUGACAAGGAGGCUGUGGCAAGGUAGAUGACUGAGUGGUCUGUGAAGCCUGAAAUUUAUGUUUUAAAGUUAUUUCCAGAAAGAUACUUUUAAACUCUUGUUGAAUUUCAUAACUGUAUUUGCAGAUGUGAAGUUGUAGGUGCUGUUACAGAAGUUAUUUUAGAGGGCUUUGCCUUAUAAAAAUAAAUGGUUUAAUUUUCCUAUCUUUCAGUAUUGAUCAAAAGUUAUUUGUUUUAUAUGUAUCUCUGCCAAAAUGUAUAAUGUAGAAAUAUUUCUUGACUGUCAUCUCCCUUUUCUGGAAUUCUCUUCACUAAUGCUCUUCAGCAAGAUGAACCAGGAGGCAAUAAUAAUAAGUGACAUUUAUAUAGUGCUUUCAUAGGAUAACAGAAUACAGCAGUAUUUUUGUUUUUACUUCUUUAGGGGCAAAAAAAAAAUUUCUCAGAAAGGGAGUUCUAGAAUUAGAAUAGUGGUUGUUACAAAAUGAAAUUAUGGAGUAUGAAAAGGGACCAAUAUUUUCUUGUGUAUACAUUAUACUCUUCAUUAGCUGUGGGUGACAAAUCUUAUUUUUAAGUGCUUCCAGUAAUCUGCUUAAUUUUAGUCAUCUCAAAUUCUGUUGCAUUCCAUCUAAAUUUGAUGUUAAGAGAAUUUUCUAAGUGGCUCAAUUUUCUUACUGAUUUAUAGCAUAAAAUUGGAAUGCCUUGUGAUUUGUUAAUUUGACAGCAACAUUAAUAAGAUCACAGUUAAGAAUACAGCAACCCUUUGAAAAUCACAUAUUUAAAAAUGAAAAAUUAUGUAUUUGUAUGCUGUUUAUUUUUGGAUAUCAAGAUGGAAGAAAUAAGGACUGAUUUAGACUUUGACUUCAUAAUUUAUUUCUAUCAGUGGAUAACAAUCAUGUUUUCCAAAUCAUAAUAAUCUUUUCGAAAAUCAGAAAUAGUGACUCUUUAGCUACUCUGGUUAUCCCAGAAAAACACACUAAAAGGGCUUCCUGCCCCUCCUUAUCUCCACAGAUGACAGAAAUUAGAGGAGAGAAGGAUGAAAGGUGCAUGCUGAUUUCAGAGUAGGAAGUUACCUUAAAGGACAUUUAUUUCAACCUAUACCUGAUCAGAAAUCCCUUUGUACAGUAUUCUCAACAUAUGGUUAUUUAGGUUUUGUUUGAAUACCGAUCAUUCUACUUUUAGAUGGCUAUAAUUUAUAAGAAACCUUCCUAACAGAAUAAAAAGAUGUGUUUAUGUGAUUGAUAGAACACUGCACUUUUAAUAAUACCUGACUUUAAAUUUGGGUCUUUUUUCCUUGCUACUUGUGUGAUCCUGAGCAAGUCACUUCACUGCUAAGCUUCAGUUUCUUCACCUGUUAUACAGUGGUAAUGGUACUUAUGCUUCCUACCUUACAGGGUUUUUAUGGGGGAAAAAAACAGCUUUUUGUAAACAUGAAAACACUACGGAAAGGUGAGCUAUUAUUAUUAUUGUUGUUAUUGUUAUUGCUGCUUUUAGUUGUGCUCUCUGGAACCAAGCAGAUCUUCAAAUUCAUGGACAGCUCUCAUGUCCCCUGUGAGUGUUCUCUUAUCCAGGACCAGUCAUCUCUAAUUCCUUCAAGCAACCAGAGGUAGUUUGGUGUCGCUGGAUUUGGAUUCUUUUCCCUUGCAAAUGAGACAAACACUUGGGUGUGUGGAGGAUGGGGAGAAAGGAGAUAUGUGUAGUGGGUGGGUAAACUAGUGUCUUUGUAUUAUGACAAGAGAUGGGAAGCCAGGGUGUGUUUUACUUUUGUUUUAGGUUUCUGAUAUCAGUAGUAUAAAUAAAUUUGCCAUUUGAUCACAAAAACAUAAUUGGUUCAAAAAAUAGAUAGGUAUAACCUUAUAUAUCACUUGAUAGUGAUAACUGAUCUAGUGGAAUUGAAAGGAUGAUGCUCAUAAUAGCCAUGUAAGAUGAGUGCUCUUAAUCUGAGCUUGUGAUCUUCUGGUGGGUCCUCAAUUGAUAUUUGGGCACAUCUGCUCCCUUCUGUUCAUCUUUCUGCCUUGUGGGUCAAGUCAUCAAGCUAAGGUACCUUCUACAUACUGAUGUUCUGCAAAGCACUAGGGAUUUGAAGAAAGGCAAAACAGCUCCUCUCCUCAAAAGAGCUCACAUUCUAAUGGGGUAGACAUCCAGAUUAUAUACAGGGUAAAUUGUAGAAAAUCCCAAAGGAAAGUACUCACAUUAAGGAGAAUAGAAAGAGCCUUCUUGACUAGUUGGGAUUUUAGCUGAUACUUAAAAACAAAAAACAAGAGGAAGACAUGAGAAGAGAAAGAAUUUCAGGCAUGGCAGAUUUCCAGGAGAAAUGCCCAGAAUUAGGAAAUGGAGUGUUGUUAAUAACAGCCAGGAGGCCAGUUAACUAGAUCAUAAAGUAUAUGGAGGAGAAUGAGUUAUAAGAACACUAGAAAAUCAAGAAGGGGCAAGGUUAUGAAGGGCUAAUGUUAAAAAAGAAGAUUUUAUAAUUGAUCCUGGAGGCUACUGGAAUUUCUUGAAUAGAGGAUAUGAUCCAAUCUGAAUUUUAGAUCACUUAGAUAGCCGAGUGAAAAAUAGGCUGAAGUAAGGUUACAAAAGUUUUAGAUUGAUCAAAUCUUAAGAUCAGAUACAGUGAUAGUUAUAUGACUUCACCUGGCUGUUAUAUAUGUAUAAGCUUUCUUUUGACUAGACGUUUAUAUUAAGUCCCCCCCUCCCCCCAACAGUUAAGCUAAAUUUUAGAUGCUUUGAUUGUGAUAGUAUUAAUAAUUGGCAGUCAUGUCAGUUAAUAUUUAAAAUUAUAAAAAUACUUUGCAUUAUCUUCAUUUGAGCUCCACAAAAACAUGUGAGGUAAGUACUACAAAUAUCAUCCCCAUUUUAGAGAUAAGGAAACUUAAGGCUCAAAAAAGUGAAGUGACUUGCUUGUGGUCACCCAGCUAACCUUGAUUUCAUUAUUUAUCUUUCCUUCAUAUGUUACCCAGGCAAAAAUAAAUUAUGCCUUAAAACUAGGGCAUUUAACAAGAGUAAAGGAGAAAUUAUAACCCCAGAUGUAUUUAGUGUACAGUAGCUGUCUGAAGUGUAACACUUUCUAAGAGCUGUUCUGUUCCCAUAGUUGAGAAAUACAAAUUUUCAUUUCUGGAAUAUUUAACUAAGAUUAACUAAGACAAAGAUUGGGCAUAUAACCUUUUUGAAGCUCUGACAAACUACUAGGUAUUUAAGAGAAAAUAAUUUUGAUUAAUAGAGUAACACCAUUAGGAUUAGUAGUAGGAUUGGAACCUGAGUUUUUCUAAUGCCAAAUUUAGCUCUCUGUCCACUUAGCCAUGUCACUUUACACUUUUGAAGUUUACUGAUUAAGGGAAAUGAAAGUUGCAUGUUAUAGUAAAUUAAUAACAUUGACUAUCCUAUUGACCCUGUUUGUAUUGUUCUUAGUCUUGUUUCUAUUUACAUUGUUGUAGUAAUUGCUCUUAUUCUUCUGGAUACUUUCUUUACUCUCCUUCAUCAGUAUUAGUUUCCCCAUAUUUCUCUCAGUUGUGAUUCAUCACUUCUUAAAAUCAAGAAUAUUCCCUUUAGAUAAAAAAAAUUUAGAUCUGGAAAGAAAUCUGAAAGGUCAUCUGGUCCCCCCCUCUCUCAUUUUACAGGUGAAGAUACUGAAGCCAGAGAAGUGAAGUGACUUGCUACUGAUCACAGAGGUAUUUUAAGUGCCACAUCUUCGAUUUGAAACUUGGGUUCUGUGACUCCACAGCCAGACUCUUUUCUCUAUAUCACCGUAUUUGUUCUACUAUUCUGUCAAUCAUUGGAUCACUCUGAGUACUUCAUUGCUAUAUUUACAUACUAGCUGGUACAUAUAUGUACAAAUCUGUGUUUUAAAAUGGCAGAGGGAGGUGGAAAUGAAGAGGUGAUUCAUUUGAACAGCUUUCGUGGUCACAGAGGGAAAGACAGGAUAAGUCACAGAGAUGAAGGACUCAUUACUAUAUCAGACUCCUCAGAUGAAGAACUUGCCCUUUUGCCAAUGACAUCAGCUUCUCGACACCAUGAUGAAGACGACGAUGAUUAUGACUAUGAUGAUGAUGAUGAUGAUGAUGACGAUGAUGAUGAUGAUGAUGAUGUUGUCAUCUUGGCAGAAACACAUAAACAGCAACUGUUGCGACCCAUUGUCAAACCUGCUGCCCAAUGGCAAGAUCUGAAAAGACUGGGAGAAGGAGGGUCUAAAAAGAGUAUGACUACUUUUCUGCAAGAAAAGAAUGGUCUUUUUUCAACAAUAAAUAGUGGAUCAAGAUUCAGUGAAAACAACAAUAGAAACCAGGAUCCUCAGUUGCCUGGUCCCUCUGAACAUAGUAAGCACAGGGCCAAAAAAGACCGAAAUCCCAAGCCUGGACCAAGUAAUAUUCAAGCUAUAAAAGUCACUUUGAAACCCAGUGUGAAAAAGGAAAUAAUCAAUUUAGAAGAAGCUAGCAAACAUCCAAAUGUUCAAAACCAGUCAACUGAAGACUCUGAACCAGAGCUUAUACCAAACCUUCAAGAAUCAGCUGCUGCAGUAGAUGACCAAGUCAUAAGAGAAAAUAGUUGGUUAGAUCAUCCAUAUUUCCAACCCAUAGACCAAGAACCAAAUGAAUUAGCAAAUCAAGUUGUUCCACAACAGGGGCAGCCUGAAGCAGACCUCUCAUAUCGAGAUGAGAUUCCAGGACCAGCUUUUCCAAGACCAGAACCACAGCAAGAUGGAAUCCCAGGUCCUUCCUCUCCUCAGCCUGCCCAUCCUCCUGGAGAACUUAAAGAUGAUCAACUAGCAAUAGAUGAUGAGCAGCCUGGUCCAGCUUUCCCAUUUCCAGGAUCUCAUCAGCCUGACUUGGGAAAUGUUCCAGAACAAGGAGGCACUAGUGCAGAUCAAGAAUUUAUUACACUACUAGUGAAAGAAACAGAAGCAAGAUUUCCAGAUGUAGCAAAUGGGUAUAUUGAAGAAAUAAUACAUUUGAAGAAUUUUUAUGAUUUAAAUGUACUUUGUAAUUACCUUCUGGAAAACCCAGAUUAUCCAAAGAAGGAAGGCAGAGUGGUUUUAAAUCCUAAUAGCAGUCUGCUUGCCAGCCAAGAUGAGAAAAAGGUGUCUAAAGUGGACUAUUUUGACUUUUCUAAACUCACUCCUCUUGACCAGCGUUGCUUUAUGCAAGCUACUGAUCUACUCAUGGAAGAUUUCAAAAUGCUCAGCACUCAGGACAUCAAGUGGGCACUGCAUGAGCUCAAGGGACACUAUGCAAUCACCCGGAAGGCCUUUUCUGAUGCCAUUAAAAAAUGGCAGGAGCUAUUACCAGAAGCCAGUGGAAAGAGAAAAAAGAGGAAAGAAAUGAAUCAGUAUUCUUACAUAGAUUUCAAAUUUGAACAAGGUGAUGUCAAAAUAGAAAAGCGGAUGUUCUUUCUGGAAAAUAAACGUAGACACUGGAGGUCCUAUGAAAGGCGUUCCCUCCUUCCACCUGUGAGAAAAGAGCAAGAAUUCUAUGAGAAGAAAGUUAAGGAGAUGGCUGAGCAUGCUGACUUUUUGCUUGCCUUACAAAUGAAUGAAGAACAGUAUCAAAAGGAUGGUCAGAUGAUAGAGUGUCGUUGCUGCUAUGGAGAAUUUGCAUUUGAGGAGCUGACUCAGUGUGUCGAUGGUCACUUAUUCUGCAAGGAGUGCCUAAUCAAAUAUGCCCAAGAGGCAGUCUUCGGCUCAGGAAAGUCAGAACUCAGCUGUAUGGAAGCCAGCUGUACAUGUUCAUUCCCAACCAGUGAAUUGGAGAAGGUAUUGCCAGAAAAUAUCCUGCGAAAGUACUAUGAGCGAAAAGCUGAAGAAGAAGUAGCUGCUGCUUGUGCAGAUGAACUGGUUAGGUGUCCCUUCUGUAACUUCCCAGCUCUUUUGGACAAUGAAGUGAAGUGGUUUAGUUGUCCCAAUCCUCGUUGCAGAAAGGAAACCUGUAGGAAAUGUCAGGGACUGUGGAAAGAACAUAAUGGCAUCACCUGUGAACAAUUGGCUGAAAAGGAUGACAUCAAAUAUAGAACAUCUAUUGAAGAGAAAAUGACUGCUGCCCGCAUUAGAAAAUGCCAUAAGUGUGGGACCAGCCUCAUAAAAUCUGAAGGUUGUAACCGUAUGUCCUGCCGCUGUGGUUCUCAAAUGUGCUACCUCUGUCGGGCUUCCAUCAAUGGGUACGACCACUUCUGUCAGCAUCCCCGAUCACCAGGAGCCCCUUGCCAGGAAUGUACAAAAUGUUCUCUUUGGACUGACCCCACAGAAGAUGAUGAGAAGCUCAUCCAAGAAAUCCAGAAGGAGGCUGAAGAGGAACAAAAGAAGAAAAAUGGAGAGAACAACUUCAAAAGGAUUGGGCCCCCCAUGGAGGCUGCUCCUGAAAAACUCCAGAGGAUUGAAGUCAUCCCAAGACCUGUUCCACAAAAUCUUCACCAAGCCAGGAUCCCUCCUUAUCCCUUUGUUCACCCACCCUUUGCUCUGCCUCCUGUCCGUCCCAUGUUCAACAAUAUUCCCCUCAAUUUAGGCCCCAUCCCUGCCCCCUAUGUUCCUCCUCUGCCAAAUAUGCGAGUGAACUAUGAAUUUCCCCCAAUCAAUGUCCCACUGGAGCACAACUUACCUAUGCACUUUGGUCCUCAGCCACGCCAUCGGUUUUGACAAGUGGGAUAGAUACCUGAAGUGGAAGCACUGCCGAGGAGGGCCAUCCUGUGUUAACAACUCUCCUCCUAACUCCCUUCAUUAUUCCACAGAACUGAAAGGAGCAGCCUGAAAAUCUCCCCCAGUUAAAUUUUAUGGUGGGGAGGGGGGGGGGUGUUAAAGAUACACAGCCUAGUUCAGAUGUUUACCCCACUUUUUUCCCCUAAAACUAGUAACUGCUGCUGAGCCCACAGAGGUGGAAGUUUACAGAUUGGGCUGCCAAACAUGAUUAAUUUGGGGCCAAUUUUCCUUUUCUUUGAUAGUGUUAGUAGAGAGACCUCCCUAGGCCCCAAAAUCUCCCCAGAGUCCCCUUUCUGUCUCUCUGUUUCUGUCUCUUUGUGUCUUUCUGUCUUUCUCUCUCCCUCCCUUCCCCUCUCUACCUAUCUUGCCUUUUCCUGUAUUUAAAAAUGUAAGUAGUCCACUGCUCUUUUAAGUACAGCUAAGGAGAAUAUAAGAGCCCAGCAUUCCUUGGAUACCAGUAACAGGAUUUGCCUUUUUGAUUUUGGGCUCGAGGAUUUCAGGAAGGAGAGGGAAGUAAAAUCUAUCCUGCCAGAAAAUGACCAGCACAGCACAUAACUUGUCAGUAAGCAUGACAACCCUGUGCUGUCUAUUAAUUCUUCAGAAAUUGUCCUAACAGAGACAGAGUGAUGUGAAAGAAAAGCCACUUUACCUGUCCCUGAUCAGAACAGACAAAGUCUCACCACAGGAAAGGAGUACUUCUUAAGUUUUCUAAUUAAAUUGGGACUUGUACUUUCCUAGUUAAUUAAAAUAUGAAAGUACAUUCAAGACAAUUCAUACAUUGAAGAGAGAGAAGAUAGGUGGUGGUUCAUUAGGAACUCCCCUUAUGAUGAAUGGCCAAUGUCUGCACUCUUAUUAAUAAGAGUACAAAGGACCACACUUUGCAAUGAGAUGUUGACCUCUAAUUGCAGAUCAGUGGGUAACCAGGUGUAAUUAAGGAAGGUAAAUGACCUUCCUGCGUCUUAGCUCAGCACCUCCAGGUUGAGCAGAAUAAGACUCUACUGCUUACUUUAGGCUAAAAAAAUUAUACUAGUAGUUUCUCAAGCACUCCUAUCUGAAUCUUCUAGGAAGAGACACUGCUACUCAUCCUGCGCUCCAUCAGCCAUGGAGUUAAAGCCCCCAUCCUGUUGUAACUUUGCCAAGAGUGCCCUCUUCUCAUUCUGGGAAUGAGUGGAGUGGUCCCAGCCAUAUCAGCUUUGUCACAUAGUCAAAAGGAAGGGGGCUUACUAGAUAGUGAAAUGAAUACUCCCUCAUCUGAGUAGGAAAAGAUGUUAAUGACUGGUACUUUAUAAAGACAAGAGGCUUCACAGAUGAAAAGGUUGAGAUUCCCAAAUACUGGUGCUGGAUUUCAUCUUACCUCUUGGGUGUGAAACUUGCACUAUAAGUAUAGUUCAUCCAGAAAGGUUUUCUUUCUUCCCUUCAACCCCACACUGUCUCCCCUUUCUACUGCCUCAAAAAAAAACAAAAAAAAAAAAACAAAAAAAAACCUAAAUAAUAAUAUUACUGUUUGGGACUUUGGAAAUAAACUUCUGACUUGAUUUGUUUGCCCCAUUCUUCUCCGAUUAUCUAUACCCCACUGGUCCUUAUUUCCUGGAAAAUCCACUUUUCUAGAAUCAGCUCUUCCAAUCCAGGUUACUGCAAAGAGCUGGUCUUAAACUUCUUUAGUUGUAUUGAAAGAUUUCUCCCAGUAUUUACUUAGAACAGUCAAUGUCUGGAUUGUAGCAUUGCUCUCUAUGAGCCUUCCCUUGACUCUUCUGCCUAGUGCUGGGAUAAUCUUUGGUGAUAUCAGAACCACAUGAUUAACUAUUUCUCAACUUUUGCUGCUAAGUUUUGUUUAUAUAUUGAGAAAGGAGGAAGAGUCUAUAUAGGGAUGUAAAUUUCUGAAUGCUGCUUAGCUGGUCUUUAUUCAGGUUAAAACUGCACCUUACCCUAAAAGAUGUUCCCUUGGACAGCCAAGGGCAGGCAGGCCAGCAUGCUGUUACACUGUACUUAAAGAGGGGCGGGAGAAAAGACUGAGCAUCCCUCUUCUUUUUGUGUAUCUAAUUUCCUCUCGAUGUUAAUGUGAUAAGUGCUCAUGUGUAGAUCUUAGUUAUUAACAUUUCUGAAGUCUUUGCCUCUGGAAAAAUCUUGGCUUCUGGCUCUAGAAUAUAGCUUGCAGUUUAGGCUUUAGAACCUGUGGUACUUCCUGCUACAGCUUUCUCCAAACUUAGUUUGGAAAAUGGCCUAUAGCAAUGAUAUUUUAGUCACAGAACGAGCCAUUUUACUUGCAAGGGUCCAACCAGUAGCUUUCCCCUACUUCCAUUGCCUGCUGAAUAGCUUACUUUUUCUUCCCUACGAUUUCUCCCACCCCACAGAUUUGGAAAAUUAUUUUCCUUUUUCCCUUUUGCCAUCAGCUUUCUAUGUAUAAGCUAAAACAUCUUGUUGCCAAUCCACUUGCUUCAAUUCCCCUAGUGAAUCCAGCACAUCAGUUACUGGGGUCUGCUGGAGGCUUUACUCUUAAAUGUUAGAUUUCCCCCCCCAAAAAAAAAACAAAAAACAAAAAAAACCAAAUGUUCAAUGGAAUUGUAUGCGUCAUUAUACUCCUUUCUAUUUCAAGCAUCAUUGCCACAACAAUAAAGGCCUCCCUGUUAUUAGCAAGGAUACUCACAACUAUGCCUGUUGGCAUUGGUACGUCAAACACCUAAUAUAGAUAUGGAAUCAGGGGACUUUGGACAAGAAAACAUUUCCCCGUUAUACAGAAUAGAGCUAUCUGGUUUACUAGUGAUUGAGAUGUCAUGCAUCAACCAAUUAGUUGUGCUGUGAAGAUCAGAAAGAAAAAAGUCCCCUUUCCAAAGAAAUGCCUUUUCAUUCUUCUGCCUUUCCAAAUGAUGAUCUAGUAAGACUCAGUUUUUGAAGAGUGAAAGUUAUCUUAUAAUUGGUUCAAGAGAUGUGACAGAUGAGAGAGCAGGAAAGAAUUUUGAAAGGAGGGCUUAUGAUCCAGAUUUGUAUCUGUAUCUUUAGGAAGAACUCUAGAUUCUCUUCCUUCCCCUCAGGUGCAAUUGUUCCCUUACAGAUUUCCAUCUGAUGAUCAUUUUUGAGGAACAUUUGUCCGCCUGAGGUCCAGCCCUAAUAACCAGUGCCUUUUCCAUCGGUAUUUUUGUGACAUACAUCAUGUGUCACGGAUGUGCCUUCCGGGGCAAUAGAUUGAUUUAUUUCUGAGCACAGGAGCUCAUUUCAUUAAGAAUUCUUAAAGUAAGGUUCCCCCAGUAACUUCUUUGUGACAAUGGUUGUAGGGACCAUUGAGGAGGAUUUCAGAAUUGGAAAGUCACUGAGCCAGGAUUCCCUUUUCAGCAAGCUGCCCCAUCCAGAUUGAAGUGUCGGUUUUCCAUCGACAGUGUUUGUUUUUGCCCUAGAUCUCAUGUGUGAGGAGGUAUGUGCAUGCACCUACAUGCGUGUGCCGUCCAGCUAGCUGUGCAGUAGAUUCAGAAGGUAGUAUGUGGCAAGUGACAUGUGCAAAACCGCCCAAGAGGAGUGAGUCCAAUGAGCCAUCAUCUUCAUUAAACCAUUUACCUUAUAGUUUCUGUUCAUUUACAUUGCUUUGCAGUGUAUAUAUGUUAAAAAAGUGUUAAAUUUGGGGAAUGAGACAGAAAAACAUUUGGCUCUAGACCAGUUGGGGAAAGGUGGAUAAUUUUUAGGGUGGCAUAUGGAAGACAGGCCUGCGCAAAGCCUGGACAAACCCUUCCCUAUCCUUGGAAACUACUGCUUUGGCUGUUUCAAUUUGUGUGUAGUUGUGCUCUCUUAGCUGGGAAUAAUGCUUGACAUCCACCAUUGAUUCUACUCAAAAUGUUGAAGCGACAUGAUGUGCAAAGAGCACAGGAUUUGGAGUCGGGAGACCUGGAUUCAAUCCUGGCACUGCCUGUGUGAUGUUAUGCAAGUCACGUGACCUUGCUGGGUCUCAGAUUCCUCAUCUGUAAAAUGAUGGGGUUGGGCUAGGUGACUUUUUUGGUCCCUCCUAACUCUAAGUCUUCUUGGUGAUGAACUCUUGCAGUCUGCAACAGGAAAUCCCAACAGUCGACUUGAUUAACUCUGCUUAUGUUCCAGAUGAUACUUGCAUUUUAAGCAGAGAGAAACUCUUUUUCCUUAUUGUUAGCUACCUAGUUUUACAAAACUUGCAGAGUGAAUUUUCCAAGUCACAGAUGAGGUGGGGGAGCUUCAAUGAAAUGAAAAGGAAUUGGGCAAGUGGUUGUUUUUGAUGGUGUGGUCACUACCACCUAGUUAUAGGAUUGCCUUGUUCUGUUUGUCAGUGGGAACAAUUUUCUCUGAGCUAGAACUCGUUCUCUCCCAGGGCUCUUUCUUUGGGAGGCAUAUUGUUGCAGAGAAUCGUCUCUCUGCCCUGCACUGUAGUGAGGGGUUAUUGAAGAGGCCAAAGAGAUCUGAUCCCAUCCCACUGGCAGGCAAUCAUGUGCAUAGAUAAAAAUGACAGGAAGUCCAAAGUGAUUAGCCCAGCUCCUGGAAAAUAAAGCAAAAGCAAACAAAAGCCCUCCUGAUCUUGCAGGCACUGCAUUGUACAAUUUGGUUCUUUUAUGCCACAGUCAUGGCUGUCUAGCUCUCAGACUGAGGCAGCUGCCUGCAGGAAAGGUCUCCAUAGUGAGCAAGGCUCCACCCUUCCCCAGUUAGAGUCCCAUUUUACUUGCCUUAAUGGUGGAAAGAGGAAUUUAGUAUUUGCACUUAGCAAAACAUUUUAAAACUGUAAAGAAUUGUGCAUGAUCUACAACUUUGUAUAACAAUAGAUGAAAAUGAAUAGGUGUUUAUUAAAAAUAAAUAUUUUUCUUUACCUUCUGGUAGUAUAAAAUAAUAAAAUAAAAGCUGUUAUGUUUUCUUGUGUGUAAAAAGUCUGUAUUAUAUGUAAUUUGGAUUUUUUUGUAAAUAAAUUUUUGUGCACUCUGA